UGGACCCCAUCAUUGCAGGACUGUACUUUAGGUUUCUUAGGUACAGGACUCUCUCCUUUUUAGAGCCAAUGGUCCUUUCCAUCAAGGACCCACCAAGGAUGGAGAAGGACAGAGACCACAUGGCUGUAAGGAUAUUAGACCUCACCCUGGAGAUCAUCUCCUUGAUAACUGGAGAGGAUUACACAGUAGUGAAGAAGUCGUCUGGUGAGUGUGUGACACCCUGUGUGUCAGGAGGACGGAGCAGGACCCAGAGACCCAUCACCGAGCCUCCACCUCAUUCCCUGAUACAUGAGCAGAAGAUCCUGGAACUUACCACCAGGAUCACUGAGCUGCUGAGCGGAGAGGUUCCUAUAAGGUGUCAGGAUGUCGCUGUCUAUUUCUCCAUGGAGGAGUGGGAGUAUUUAGAAGGACACAAGGAUCUGUACAAGGACGUCAUGACGGAGAAUCACCAGUCCGUCACAUUACCGGGUGCAGAAAGGAUGAGCGACUCCCAUGGACAUCUCCAUUUAUCUUCCUAUUAUAAAGUGGAAGAUAACAAAACCACACAAGUUAAUUCAAUAACUCCUUAUGUACCCUCAGUCCUUCAAAGCGGAGAUCUAUUCACCAACACCUCUGGUCACAAGAAACUACUUUUCUCUAAUCCAUCACUGAUUGGAAAAACAAAAACUAAACAGAAAUGUGGGAAAAUAUUUCCAUAUGAGAAACAUUUUAAAACCAAAUCUAGUCUUUUUUUGCAUAAGGGAAAUCAUAGAGAUAAAGGGUCAUUUUCAUGCUCGGAAUGUGGGAAAUCUUUUACCAGGAAAUUAAUUUUAAUUGCACAUCGAAGAAGUCACACAGGAGAGAAGUCGUAUUCAUGUUCAGAAUGUGGUAAAUAUUUUAGUCAGAAAACAUAUUUUGUGAGCCAUCUAAGAAUCCACCGAGGGGAGAAGCCAUAUUCAUGUUCAGAAUGUGGAACAGGUUUUGCCCAUAACUUGGCUCUUCUUAAGCAUCAGAGAACUCACAAAACAGAAAAGCCAUUUUCAUGUUCGGAAUGUGAGAAAUGUUUUAGUCAAAAAUGGGAUCUUGAUAGACACUGGAGAACUCACACAGGUGAGAAACCAUUUUUAUGUCCUGAAUGUGGGAAAUGUUUUAGUCGUAAAUCAUCUCUUGUGGAACAUCUAAGAAUUCACACAGGAGAGAAGCCGUUUUCAUGCUCAGAAUGUGGGAAAUGCUUUAGUCAAAAAUCAAACCUUGAUAGACAUCAGCUAUCUCACACAGGAGAGAAACCAUUUAUAUGUCCUGAAUGUAAGAAGCGUUUUAGUCGGAAAUCUUCUCUUGUGGAACAUCUAAGAAUUCACACAGGAGAGAAGCCAUUUUCAUGUUUAGAAUGUGGGAAAUGUUUUAUUCAAAAAUCCGAUUUUGAUAGACAUCUGAGAACUCACACAGGAGAGAAACCAUUUUUAUGUCAUGAAUGCGGUAAGUGUUUUAGCCAGAAAUCAAAUCUUGUGGAACAUCUAAGAACUCACACAGGAGAGAAGCCAUAUUCAUGCUCUGAAUGUGGGAAAUAUUUUGCCAAUAACAUAGCUCUUCUUAAUCAUCAAAGUUCACAAUGUGGGAAAUGUUUUACUCAAAAAAUGAGAUCUUGAUGGACAUCAUAGAACUCACACAGGGGAAAAACCAUUUUUAUAUCCUAAAUGUGGGAAAAGUUUCUGUCAGAAAUCAUAUCUUGGGGAACAACCAAAAAUUCACAAGAGCCACUUCCAUGUCCUAAAUUUUAGUCAGAAAUCAAAUCUUAGGGAACAUCUGAGACUUCACACAGGAGAGAAGCUGCUUUUAUGCCCAGAAUGUAGAACACGUUUUACCCGUAAAUCAGCUCUUCUUAAUCAUCAGAGAACUCACAAAAAAAGAGAAGCCAUAUUCAUAUACAGAAUGUGGGAAAUGUUUUAUAUACUAUACAAUAUAACAAAGAAUACAAGUAAAGCAUGCCCUGGCCAUUAACUUAUCUGGACCAGCCGCAUCUUACCUCUAAAGGACCCUUUAUGAUGUCUCAGUCUGUUGAUCAGUC